AUGAAAGAUGUGGCGCCUAGGAAAUCGACGCUCGAAGAGACCGUAUGCCAACAGGACACAAUAUAUCAGCAUAGAAUGAAUGAAGAAGUUGAAUCAGUAAAUAGACGCCUUCUUGAUUUCGACCUUUGCAACCAGUAUACAAGAGGUGCGGUGGCCAUGCUGGGCUCUGUUCCAUCAGACUCCUUCGACACUCUCCACUCGUAUGCUAAUACUUUUCAAAUGCCUUUCAUCACGCCUUGGUUUCCUGAAAAGGUAAUGCCCAUGUCUAGUAGCACCACAGACUACGCUAUAAGUUUGCGACCAGACUAUCACCGUGCUGUCAUCGAUACCAUUCUUCACUACGGCUGGACAAAAAUCAUCUACAUAUACGAUUCCCAUGAUGGUAAGUAA